AUGGUGCCAAGACAUUAUCAGUCCCACACAGGUAAGGAGCUUACAGCAGCCUUCAAACAAGUGCUGAAAGAUUAUGGAGUAACAAGGAAGAUUCUUGUUGUCACAUGCAAUAAUGUGGCCAACAAUAUUGUGAUACUUGAAGAGAUGACAAUCACACUCUCCAAUUUUAGUGGUAUGGCAGCCCACACAAGGUGCUUCUUGCAUACCAUCAACCUUGUGGCAAAAUCUCUCCUUCAACAGUUUGAUGCACCAAAGAGCCAUGACCACAAGAAGCAUGUCCUGAAUGUUGAUGGUGAAGACAGUGAGGAUGAGGGUGGUGAAGCUGACAUUGAUGAUGAUGACAUCAAUGGGGACUUGAUUGGAUCUUCUCAACCCAUGGAUAAUAUCUUUGACAACAUACCUGCACUAGCACCUCCAAAACUGACCAACCUUGGCAAUGAACUUAACCACCAUCUUAAUGCUGAUGUGGAACAUGUUGAUGAUCCCCUCAUAAGGUGGCAUGAGUGCCAUGCAACCUUUCCUUGA